AUCAAUGUCUUGUAUAUGUCAAAAGUCGCUCGCGCGCACGCUUGAACGAAGAUGGUGGGUAAGAAACGAAAAAAAUGCUGGCGAUGAACGAUUAUGCAAGCAAGUGGACCGGUCGUAUCGACACCAUGUUUCGAAGGGCCUCAUGAAGCAUGGUGGAGGUUCUGUGCGAUUGUUCAAGCAGCGACAGAGGCAGGAACAAUGGUGGUUGCAGGUUUAGGAGUUCCCUGAGCGGGAACAGGAGCAGCAGCCACAGCAUCGGAAGCGGCAACAGGUGCAGACUCGCCGUUGGUUUCGGCCUGCUGGUUGCACUCGCGGGAAAUGUGACCAGUCUCGCCACAGCGGUAGCAAGUCUUGCCGGCGGUGUUGAGCGGGCCACCAUUGGGAGCAGUGCACUCGCGCGAGAUGUGACCAAGCUUACCACAAGCGUAGCACUUCAUGGCUUGAGCCUGGCAAUCGCGAGCGAAGUGGUUAGGGCCACCGCACUUGUAGCAAGUGGCAGGACGAGCACCGCCAGCAGCGAAACCGCCGCGGAAUCCACCGAAGCCACCACGAGGACCAGGAGCACCACGACCAAGACCAGGAGCAGCGACACCAGGAGUAGGGCAAGCACGCUGUUACAUCAGUCAGUUGAGCGUGCAUGAGAGUUGAAAGUCGAAUAAUAGACAUACAGCAAGGUGACCGGGCAUGCCGCAGGAGUAGCAGCGUCCGUUGGCACCACCACUCAAACGAAGAGUAGGACAGUCAGCCUGAACGUGUCCAAGACCCUGGCAGUGGUAGCAUUGCUUGGCUAUGGGUACAGAUCAGCACACGACUCUUGAU